AUGGACAUUGACAGUGCGUCUUGCACACUCGAUGUUCAGCGCUCGCCUCCGAUUCAGAUCGCUUCUCCGCGCAUCUCGGCUCUACCUGAAUCGCACCUGGACGAUUCAGAAGUCUUUCCGAGACUCGAUCAUGAAGCUAUCAAGGAGAAGGCUAAGAGGCGGAGAAAGCACAAGAAGAAGGCGCAAGCUGCUGCGCCUGCUCUAAAUGUGAUCCGAGGAUUUCAGACGCCCGCGGCCUCGGGAGGUGAAGAGUCUGAUAUUUCGACGUUCAACAGCCCUAGAAUGGGUGCGACUAGGCUGCGUGACUUUCCGAGUGCUACAGCCAGUCCGGCAAUGCGACCGACUGUCCUCGGAGCCGGCGUCAGUGCAUUGAGCGCUCAACUUGACGCCCUCGAACUCGAGAAUACCCUUGAACGACCAAAGCUCACGCGGCCUGUGCGCUGUCUAGGCAAAGGCGCCUUCGGGACUGUUCACCUUGUCAAGCAAAGUGCGACUGGCAAGCUAUUUGCUCAGAAACAGUUCAAAAAGGCUAGCUUGACGGUCCACAAGCGUUUGAUCGAACAGACCCGAACGGAACGUACAAUCCUGGAGUCUGUGAAUCGCCAUCCAUUUGUGGUCAAGCUGUAUUAUGCAUUUCAGGACCAUGAAAAGCUCUACUUGAUCCUAGAAUAUGCCCAAGGAGGCGAACUUUUUCACCACUUAGCCAUUGAGCGAAUGUUCACGGAGGAUGUCGCAGCUUUCUACAUGGCAGAGAUGAUCCUUGCUCUCGAGCACCUUCACCAGAAUGUUCGGGUCAUCUAUCGCGACCUGAAGCCCGAAAAUUGCUUGCUGGACGUUGAAGGUCACUUGCUCUUGACUGAUUUCGGACUUUCUAAGGUGGCACUCGACAGCGAAGACGAGAGGACAAACAGUGUCUUGGGAACCAUCGAAUACAUGGCGCCAGAAGUUAUUGAAGGCAAAGCUUACGACUUCUCCGUUGAUUGGUGGGGCCUAGGUGCCAUUGGUUUUGAUUUGCUGACCGGUAGCCCUCCCUUCGGUGGCAAUAAUCAUGCGAAGAUCCAACACAACAUUCUGACUCAGAAGCUGAAGCUUCCAUACUUCCUUGGGCCGGAUGCGAAAGAUCUCUUAACUAGGCUACUUCGUAAGGAACCGCAAAAGCGCCUUGGUGGCACUACACCGAAAGACAUCAAAGCGCUCAAAGCGCACCGAUUUUUCCGCAAAAUUGAUUGGAAGAGACUCGAGACACGGGAUUUAGAGCCACCAAUUCAACCUGUCAUUACGGACCCUGCACUUGCAGAGAACUUCAGCAAAGACUUCACGGAUCUGCCGCUGAGUCCUGUUGUCGUACGCGAUGGCAAGACUUUUGACGAUUACAUGACGGGCUACUCUGCCAGCGAGAGCAAUCCCUUCGGAGGAUUUAGCUUUGUCGCAAGCAAGAGCCUUCUGGAUGAUGACGAAUUCAUGCUCGACAUAUGA